AUGGCCGGCGCCGGCGCGCAGCAGCAGCCGCUGCGCUGUGGCGACCAGGUCUACCUUGAGAUCAGCCGCGGCGAGGCGACCUGCCGCGUCCACGCCGACGUGCUCAAGCUCGGCGUCACCCUGAACGCCGGCGGCGACGCCGGCGACUUCGAGCUCGACGGCCGCUUCGCGGUCUACCCCGCGGGCCGCUUCGCGGCGCAGGCCGAGGCGCGCGCGCGGAGCCGGUCGACGCGGCGCCGCGAGGCCCGCGGCGACGAGGAGCGGCGCCUCGCGCGCGCGCGGGCCCGCGAGGAGCACGCGGCCAACGAGCGGCGCGUCGACGCCGUCGCCGCGGGCCGCGACCGCGCGCCGCUGCGCUACGGCGACGCCGUGCAGCUGCGGCACGUCGCGACGGGCUGCUGGCUCGAGGAGCGCGGCGCGGGCGACGACGGCGCCGGCCCGCGCGGCGGCGACGCCGCGGCCGCGGGGCGCCUCGGCCUCGACGACGGCGCGCGGCGCGCGGGCCACCCGCGCUGCGUCUUCGAGCUCGCGCCGGCGUUCCGGAGCCAGCACGAGGGCUCGUCCGUGCUCCACGGCGACGAGGUCGCGCUCACGUCCGCGUCGGGGGCCGUGCUCGGGCCGGGCGCCGGCGACGACGCGGCGCUCUGGCCCGCGGACCGGCGCGGCGCGCGGCGGCGGCGGUGCCGCCUCGCGGCCGCGCCGGCGCUCGCCGUCGGGCCGCUCGCGCUCGCGGGGCCCCGCGCAUUCUUCCACGAGGAGCGGCAGAAGUUUCCUGCGCGGCGCAUCUUCUUCGACGGCGCGCGCGCGCCGCGGGACCUCCGGCCCCAGCUCCGCCGCACGGGCGCGGACAAGGACGUCGACGCGACGGGCCGCGAGCUCUGGCUCCUCGAGGCCGCGCCGCCGCGCGCCGGCGCGCCCGCGGCGCGCGGCGCCGCGCGCGUGCGCGUGCGCCACGUGUCGUCGGCGCAGUACCUCGCGCGGGGCCCCGGCGGCGCCGCGCGGCUCCUGCCGGCGCCCGACGGCGCGUCGUGCGACCUCGUCCUCGAGCGCGUCGCCCGGGACCGCGGCGGCGCGGGCUCGAGGAGCCAGAGCUCGCGGCCCGCCGACGCGUUCCAGGUCGGCGCGGUGUCGCGGCGCAGGGGGGCGGACGCGCGCGUCGCGCGCGCGCUCCGCCGCGAGUUCGUCGCCCACGGCGCGGCCGCGCGCGGCGCCGCGGCGCGGAGCGAGCGCGCGGAGCGGAGCCUCGGCGCGUGCAUCGCCUGGCUCCUCGGCCGCGACGCGGGCGACGCGCCGCCGGACCCCGGCGCCGCGGCGUCCCUCGCGGGGGCCCCGGACCGCGGGCGGCAGGCGCUCGCGCGCGAGAUGGGCCUCGUCGCGGCGCUCGCGGACGUCGCCCUCGGCGCGGACGCGCGGCGGUCCUACCUCGCGUCGCACCGCCUCCCGCCGGGCGCGCGGGAUCUGGGCGCGGCCAUCGGGCCGGGCAUGCGCGCGCACCGCCUCGCGAUGCGCGCGCUCCAGCUCUGCUUCGCGGGCAACAAGGCCAACGAGUUCUUCUUCGUGGAGCAGGAGGGCGGCGGCUGGUUCCUCGCCUGCAUCGACCAGAUCGCGUACAGCGUCGGGGCGGCGGAGGCGCUGUCCCAGCUCGUCUCCGACAACGAGGAGCUCCUCGAGCGCCACAUCGACGCGCGCGUCGUCGACGACUUCGCGUCGCUCAUCGAGGCGCAGGGCCCGCGCGCGGACCUGCUGGGCUUCCUGGGGGCCAUCUGCUCCUGCCGCGGCCGGGGCGUCAAGUCGAACCAGGAGCUCUGCGCCGCGCGGCUCGGCCUCGUCGACGCGCCGGGCGCGGGCCGGUCGCGCGAGGCCGCGGCGCAGCGCGGCGCGCUCCUGCUGCGGGUCCGCCAGGGCGGCGACGGCGGGCUCCCGCCGGGGCCGCCCGUGGAGUGGGCCGCGACCGGGGCCGCGCCGGCGGCGUUCCUCGGCGCCGCGGAGCUCCGCGCGGGCUUCUCCCGGGCCUACGCGUCGUGGACGUGCCCGGCCGACGGCGGCGCCUGGGAGCCGCGGACGUCCCACCUCUUCUGGGGCCCGGGCCGCGCCGGCGUGCGCCGCGCCGGCGGUCGCGUGGUCCUCGGCCUCGCCGUCGUCUCCGACGGCCGCGGCGGCGCGUGGGUCGAGCUCGGCGACUUGCUCUGGAUCCUCGAGGAGGACGACGCGGCGCGCGACGCCCUCUGCCGCGACGUGGUCGGCUGCCCCUACGACGAGGUCUACGCGGCCGCGCGGGGCGACGAGGCGCUCCGCGCGGGCCUCGCGCGGCAGAAGCAGCUCGCGCGCUACUUCGUCGAGCAGGUGCGCACCCUGUCCGAGAUGGUGCGCACGCGGAGCUACAAGGUCGCGCGCGUCGUCGAGAAGGAGUGGAGCUACGGCCUCCUCGUGUCGUCCAUGGUCGACGCGCGCCUGCCGGCGGCCGCGCGCGCGGCGCUCGUGCGCCUGCUGCACCACCUCUACCUCGACCGCUACCCCCACGAGGAGAACUGCGGCAAGGCGCAGCUGCCGGAGCAGAUCGUCGUCGUCGACCCGACGUCCGCGCUGUACCCGCAGAGCGACCCCGCGCUCAAGGACGCGGACGCGACGCUCCGCAAGUCGGGCUACGUUGACCGGCGCGACAGCCUCAACGACGACGCGGACUUCGUGGCCGCGGAGAGGCGCGCGGCGCGGCGCAUCCGCGACUUCGUCGCGUUCCCGACGUCCGACAAGUUCCACCUCGUCGACGCCGCCGUCGCGGCGGCGCUCCGCGGCGACGGGCGGCACACGGACGACGGCGCGGCCUACGACGGCGCGCUGCUCGACGCGCUCCACGCGCUCGUGUCCUUCGGCUUCUGCGCGCGCAUGUCCGACGUCGCCGCGAACGCGGCGGCGCUCAUCGGCCUGCUCGACGCGCGGCGGCGCGCCGUCGCGCCGCGGCUCCUCCCCGAUCGCGGCGGCCGCCGCGGGAGCCUGUUGCUGGAGCCGGCGCCGCGGAGCGACCUCGUCGACGCCGACGGCCGGCUCCGGGGCCUCGACGCGACGAUCAAGAUGGUCCGCGUGCUCGAGCGGUCUCUCGACGUCCUCGAGAACUGGCGCGUGGGGCGCUUCGUCCACAUGAUCGCGUACUUCGACGCCGUCGACGCCGCGGCGGGCCGCGGCGGCGGCAAGGUGCACCCGGGCGGCGACGCGGACCGGCGCCGCGGCUCGCCGGGCCUCGAGCGCAUCCAGCACUGGGCCGACGACGUCUUCCUCGAGUUCAGGGCCGCCGUCGACGAGCUGUUCGUGCGGCUCGGCGUGCUCACGAACGUCGCGAACGUGCGCUGCCGCCUCGACGCGCGCGCGGCGCCCGACGUCGCCGGCGGGAACAAGGCGCGCGGCGACAUCCUGCGCGGCCUCGGCCAGCGCCGGACGCUCGCGGACGACGGCGACACGGCGGGCGCGGCGGGCGCGGCGGCGCCGCCGCCGUCGCCGCGGGCCGUCGAGGACGUCCGCGACGCCGCGGACCCGAGCCGGCGCCGCCCGUCGCUCAUCCGCAAGUUCCUCGAACCGGAGAAGCAGUACGAGCUCGAGGACGUGCUCGUGGAUUUAAUGCUCACGGAGAGCGACGCGCUCGCCGCGGCGACGUUCCGCCUCGCGCAGCGCGUCCGGGCCCAGCGCGCGGUGCUCCUGCGCCAGUCCGAGGACGUGCUCCUGCUCGCGGAGCCCGAGCUCGGCGACCUGCCGCCCGGCUGGGCCGGGAGUUUCGCGACCUACCCUCAGCUCGACGACCGCGUCUCCGACCUCCGCCACUACGUCCAGUCGUACCAGGUCUGGACGAACGGACCCGCGGGGGCCGGGUCCCCCUUCGCGGACGCGGAGGCGCUCCUCCGCGAGAUCCUCGCGUUCGCGGCCGUCUCGGGCCGGAACCAGAAGAUCCUCUUCGGCCUCGGCGUCGCGUCCAUCCUCGCGGAGCUGAGCGGCGUCGACGUCACGCUCGGCGCGGCGACGCGCGCCGCGUCCGCGCGGCUCCGGCGCCUCGUGGAGCUGUCCUACGACGCGCUCGCCGCGCUGCUCCGCGGCGCGGACGCGGCCGUCGCGGGGCAGGUCGCGGGGUUCCUGAGGGACACGCCGGUGCUCGAGCGCGCCGCGCGCGACCUCGCCGUCGUCGCGGCGGCCGCCGCGGACGCGCGGCCGGCGCGGUCGUCCGCGCGCGCCGCGCCGGCGGCCGGCUCGCCGGCGUCGACGCCGCGGUCGCCGCGCGCGCUGCCCGAGCUCGACGCGCCGCGGUCGCCGCGGCGCGACGACGACGCGCUCCGCGACUACCUCGACGGCGGCGGCGCGGACCGCCGCGAGGCGACGGCGGUGACGGCCUGCUCCGUCCUCGCGGCGCUCGCCGUCGACGACGCGGCCGCGAAGCGCGCGCUCGGCCGCCCCGACGUCGUCGACGCCGCCGCGUCCCUGCUCCUCGACGACGGCCCGCCGCGGGACGUCGUGCUCGGCGCCGCGCGGCUCCUCGCGGCGACGCUCCAGCGGCCGCACGCGUUCUCGGCCGCGCGCGCGGCGACGCUCGAGCACGGCGACCGCUGCGCCGUCGCGCUGCGCGCGCUGGGCAAGCGGCCCGCGGCGUGGCUGCGGCGCCUGGCGGUCUUCGCCGACGACAGCGACGACGACGACGACGACCUCGUCCAGGCGAGCCGGUCCGCGCUCGCGCCGCUGGGCGCCGAGGGCCCCGUGGACGCGGUGGGCCUGCGCGUCCACCUCGAGGUCAUCCGCGCGCUGGCGUCGGCCGUGACGGCGCAGACGUGUGACGCGGUGCGGGCGCUCGUGCCGGCGGACGUCGCCGUCGAGCGCUGCCGGCGCUGCCGGCGGCUCGCGCGGCUCCCGGGCACGCGGGACGUCGGCGCGGGCCUCUGCUGCGCCUACGCCGUGCUCCUGCUCGAGAUCCUCCAGGCCGCGCGCGUCGACGCCGCGGGCGACCUGCUCCGGGCCUACGGCGCCUGCGCGGCGGAGCUCGCGCUCGUCGACGACGGCGCGCAGCCGGCGGGCGACGGCGGCGUGGAGGACCUCGUGACGCUCCGGCGCGAGGCGACGACGCUGCUCUGGGACGCCGUCGACGGCGCGGGCGCCGCCGCGCGGGCCACGGGCCGCCGCGGCGCCGCGCGCGACUACUCGCUGCUCGCGGACGACGCCGCGGCCGCGGUCGACGCCGCGGCGGCCGGCGAGGCGCCGCCGCGCCGCGCCGCGGGCGGGCUCCGCGGGUCGUGGUCGCGGCCCGGCGGCGGGUCCUGGGCGCGGCCCGGCGGCCUCGCGGGCGCGCGGCAGACGACGGCCGCGCUCCGCCGGACGUCGCGGCUCCAGAGAGCGGUGCGCCACUCGGGCGCCGUCCACGCGCAGGACGAGGAGCGGCUCAUGGCCGCGCGGCUCCACACGCUCACGGAGACGGGCGAGGAUUGCUUCCUCACGUCCCUGCGGGUCCGCCGCGGGGGCGCCGUCGCCGCGGCCGUCGCGGAGCGCCUCGUCCGCUUCUGCGGCGCGAACAUGCACGACCCGCGCCACGAGGCGACGGUGCUCGACGCCAUGGAGACGCUCGCGACGUUCCUGCGGUUCCACGCGGCGAACCACGCGGCGAGCCAGCUGCCCGCGGACCACGGGCUCACGCUGAGCUCGCCCGAGACGCUCCAGCCCGCCGCGUGCGAGGUCUUCGACAUGAUUGACACGGACGGCUCGGGCGCGAUCACCUUCGAGGAGAUCAUGGACGCGCUCCAGAGCAAUCCGUACGUGUUCAACUUCAUGAAUGAGUGCGGCGACGAGCGCCUCGCGUCGUUCUGCGACCCGCGGACGCUCGCGUCCGCGUUCGCGUCCAUCGACGGCGACGGGUCGAACACGAUCUCGAAGAAGGAGUGGGAGGCCGUCGUCGCCGAGGGCGUCGUCGGCGCCGGGUCGCCCCUCGCGCGGAGGGCGAAGCGGGCCUGGGACGCGUCGGAGGCGCCGAAGGCGCAGUGCGUGAUCCUCCUGCUCGCCGUGUCGUCCGUGGCGCUCGCGCUCGGCGGCGCGGGCGCGGGCACGCGCCGCGCGGUCGACAUGGGCGUGACCCUGGCCUUUUUGGCGGAGCUCACGUGCCGCGUCGCGUGCUGGGAGCUCAUGCGGCCGCCGAGCGCGUCGCGCGCCGCGAACGCGCGCGCGUUCAUAGCGGACCCGUUCCGCCUCGUCGACGUCGUCGCCGUCGCGCUCGACCUGCUCUUCCUGGGCCUCGACCGGUCCAACGGCGGCGCGCGGGGCGCGCGGGCCGUGCGCGUCUUCAAGCUCGUGCGCGUCGUGCUGAGCCGCGUCGCGCGGCUCCUCGAAGCCGUGAACCCGCGCGUGGUUUUGGUGCGGCGCAACGUCGCGCGGACGCGGCUCGAGGCGGAGCAGCGCGCCCUCGCCGCCGCGGGGGGCGUCGACGUCGCCUACGGCAUGGUCGCGGCGCCGCAGCUCGACGACCGGCUCCGCGUCGGCGCGCUAGGGCUUAGCGCGCUGCUCCUCUUUGGCGGCGUCGAGGCGACGCGGCGCCGCUACCUCGAGAACCUGCGGGGCACGGACCCCGAGGGCUACUUCUUCCAGUACACGUCGGACCUCCUCGACCGGGGCGCGCUCGCGGUGCGCGAGGCGAAGCGCGACCGCGGCGCCGCGGAGCGGCGCGCGGCCGCGGCGGACGCGGCCGCGGCGGCGGCGGCGGCGGCGGCGCUCCGCGCGCCCGUCGACGCCGCGCUCAGCGCCGUGGACCUGCUCCUGGGCACCGUGAGCGACCGCGGCGAGCUCAUGGGCGCCAUGGCGAGCCAGGAGGGGCUGAACCGGCGGUCCUUCGACCUCUUCGCCGCCGCGGCGCGGCUCCUCGACGCGCUCGUCGCCGGCGACGCGGCCGGCGACCUGCCCGCGCGCGAGCUCGCGCCGGCGGCCGUCUUCGACCUCCACCGCGUCGUCGACCUCGUCGUCGCGGUGCUCCGGACGCGCGGCGGCGGCACGCGCGACGCGGUCGCGCGCGGCGCGCCGGGCCCGCUCGCCGUCGUGCUCGGCGCGGCGUCGACGCUCGCCGGCUUCGACGAGCGGCGCGACGACGACGUCGGCGACUCGCGGCGGCCCGAGACGGCGCUCGACGACGGCUUCGCGCCCGAGCCGCCGCCGUCGCCGCGGCCCGGCGCGGGCGAGAGCUACCGCGGGGACGCGGCGGCCGGCGGCGGCCUCUUCCGCUGCGUCGACGCCGAGGGCUUCGCGGCGGAGCCCCUCGGCGCCGCGCCGUCCAAGUGGGCCCGGCUCCGGCGCCACUACCACGAGUCCUUCGCCGUCAAGGGCGGCGUCGUGAAGAACUGGGCGCGGAAGCCGAACAACCCCUGGCGGCGGCUCCGGGAGCACGUCGGCCGGUCCUUCGUCGUCCAGAAGGGCGUCCUGAACCACUGGUCGCGCGCCGCGGAGGACCGGCGCGAGGCCAGCUUCCUCGGCGACGUCCGCAAGGCCGGCCGGCGCGCGCGGGACAACCUCAGGGAGCUCGGCGCGAUGGGCGGGAACUUCGCCGCGCUGCUGCCCCUGGACCUCCACAUGGGCGCCGCGGCGGCCCUCGACGACGGCCGCGUCUUCCGCUCCGGCGACGCCGCGGCCGUCGCCGCGGCCGCGAACCUCGCGCUCCUGAAGAUCAAGUGCCUCACCGCGCUCGUCUGCGCGCUCGAGGGCGCGGGCGACGACCUCCGGGGCGCCAUCGUCGGCCACGCGGAGCUCCGGCCCGCGCUGGACCGGGUCGCGCUCGAGCUCCGCGAGGCCCGCGUCGAGAACGCGCGGCGCGCGGCCGUCGACGCGCCGCUCCUCGUGUCGCCCGCGCUCCUCGCCAAGGCGGCGCGGGACGGCGUCCAGGAGCUCUUCAGCAUCCGGCUCGUCGUGCGGGGCGAGUGCACGCUGAGCACGGCGCUGCUCGCGCCGCCGAAGGACCGCGGCGAGCGCCGCGCGCGGCAGCGCGCGCUGGCGAGCCUCCGGUCGAGCCUGCUCACGUCCGAGGUGUCGUUCCGCGGGGGCUGCCGCGUCGUCGUCUACACGGCGCCGCCCUACGCCGGCGGCGGCGGCGACGAGCUCGUGCGCGCCCUCGUCGAGGAGCACCGGGGCCUCACGGUCGCCGCGCGCGUCGGCGCCGUCGUCCGCCAGGCCGCGCUGCUCGCGGACGCGAUGGCGAUGACGUGGCGGCUCACGUCGCGGUCCGCGGCCUACCGCUGGGUCCAGCGCCGCGAGCGGCCCCUGAAGUGGUCCAUCUACGCCCUCAGCUUCGUGCUCUUCGGCACGAGCUCCCUCGCGAACGACCGGAGCCACCGCAUCGCGGAGAAGGCGGGCCGCGAGGACGAGUGGCGCGCGCUCGGCCCGCGGUCCGCGGCGCCGCCCCUCGCGGCGCUCCUCGUCCGCGACGCCUUCUUCAUCGACCGCAAGGCGCGGAUCGCCGCCUACGUGUCCGCGGCGCUCGCCGCCGCCGUCGCGGCCGGCUUCGCCGCGUUCCUCGCCGUCGCCGCGGCGACGGUCUUCCCCACGGUCUACACGCGCCACGCCCAGGCGUACCAGCGCGCGCGCAUGGGCCUCCUCGAGGCGACGUCGGGCGAGCCCGGCGACGACCGCGGCGACGACGGCGCCGCGCCGCGGCUCCGGCGGCUCCUCUUCGAGGACAACGCGCUCGCGCGCGGCCUCCGCGAGUCGCGGCGCUGGGACCGGGACCACGGUGCCUGGCUGCCGCUGCUGGCCCUGGGCCUCGUGCUCGCGCUCGCGACCGCGGGCUUCUCCGCGACGUUCGGCUACGAGCAGGGCAGGACAAGAGAGCGAAAUUCCCAACUUCAAAGGCUCAUAUCUCGGCCGUUUUCCACUCGCUACGAGGACGCGUACGCGCUCUACGUCGCGGCGGUCCUCGCGGCCGCGGCGCCGCCGCGGCUCCGGCGCUGGUACGCGAAGAUCGACUCGAGGGACGCCUUCUGGUACUGCACGGCCUACGACUUCGCGACGGCGAGCGAGGAGAUCGUGGGCCACGCGCUCCUCCUCGCCGUCGUCGCGUGCGGCGUGUUCGCGUCGUGCGACUGCUUCGGCCUCCUGCUCCUGGAGAUCGUGCUGCUGUCGAGCUCGCUGCGCAACGUCACGCGGGCCAUCCUCCGGCCCUUCAACGAGCUCCUCGUGGCGACGUACCUCAUGUGCGUCGUCUGCCUCGUCUUCACCGUCGUCGGGCUCCUCGCGUUCCAGAGCCUCCGCGGCGACGACCACUACUGCAAGACGGUGAAGGAGUGCCUGUUCCUCAACGUCUACCACGGCAUCGUCAACGGCGAGCUCGUGUCCGUCACGAAGCACGUCACGAACGACGCGGCGACGGACUACCACGACCUGCUCAUGCCGUCGAACGCGGAGCUCAAGCGCAUGCUGCUCCAGCUCGUCUUCAACAUCGUCGUCGCGCUGCUCCUGCUCAACAUGAUCUCGGGCAUCAUCCUCGACGCCUUCACGCAGGAGACGAUCAACGCGCAGCGCCUCGCGGAGCGCCGCGCGAACGAGAACUUCGCGACGGGCCUCACGCGCGCGCAGCUCGAGGCCGCGGAGCUCGACUUCGCGGAGCACCAGGCCCUCUUCUCCAUGCGCAACUACGUCCACUUCGUGGGCUACCUCGCGGCCAAGGACCCGUCCAUCGACUCGCCCGUCGAGGCCUACGUCCGCGCGAAGAACGCGGACGCGGACUUCUCCUGGAUCCCGCUCGGCACGUGCUUCAGCCUCGAGCGGAGCAAGCGCAUGCGCGCGUCCAAGAGUGAAAAUGAAGUCGCCCGGCUCCACGACCGCCUCGACGCCAUCGCCGCGGACCAGGAGCGGCGCCACGCGGCCGCGCUCGAGAAGGUCGACGACCUCGCCGCCGCGGUCGCGGCGCUGCGCAAAGAUCCGCCGCUGCAUCCGGACGAGGAGAUAUUGAAACCGGAGCUCUUCAAGGGCGACGGCAGCGGCGGCGGCAACUGGACGAAUAGCGCGCAGCGAGUCUACCGCGUCGUCGAGCGACUCGGCCGCGAGCCGUCUCCGGUCUUUUUGGUCUUGGCGCUGAACCAGGUCUGCAGGGACCCCGAGGCGCGCGAGGACAGAAACUCGACGACGCUGCGGGUGCUCGACGUGCUCGCGAAGACGUUUGACGAGUCGAACGAGGCUCACGUGGCGUGGACGCCAAAGAUGCUCGCGAUUAUGACCAUGUCGCUGACGAAGCUCUUUGCUCGGGGUCGGGAGGCGACGACGAUACGCCACGGGAUCGUGCGGCAGGUGGUCGAGUGCGCGGAUGAGUUCGACGGGCGCGGAGCGGCCAACGUGUGCGGGGCGCUCGGCAAGUGCGUGAGCGUCUUCGACGUCGCAUCGAGCGCCCCACUCUUCGAGGCGCUCGCGCCGCGCAUCGUCGACCUCCUCCCGGAGAUCGUCGAGUCGAAAUUUGCGGCGCGAGACCUCUCAGAAAUCGCCUGGGGCGUGUUCAAGGUCGGCUGGCGCGACCGGUGCCGCGUCCUGCUGCCCCUGAGCGAGGCCUCGGUCGAGGUCCUGCCGAGGUUCAUCGCGCAAGAUCUCGCGAACCUGGCGCAGGCGCUCGCGUCCCUCGACCACUCGCGCGACGUCGAGCGCUGGUUCGAGGAGGCCUGGAAUCGCUGCCCCAUGCGGCGACUCCUGGAGAACGGCCUCGAGUACGAGCUCGCGGGUAUCGCGAAAUACUUUGCGCAGCACGCGCCCGUGGACGUCGCGACCGAGCUGGUGUACCUCGUCGGCUGCGAGGUGAGCCACCGUUUGAACAUGGGCGUGCCGUGCCUGGCGCAAGCGGUCCAAGAGGCGAGCAUGCUCGCGUACGCGAUAGGCACGGUCAUCACGCGCGGCGGGUCGCACCUGGCGAAGCUCGGGCUGGACUGGACCGAGUCGGCCCGCGGCGUGCUCGACCUCGCCGACGACGUGGCCCUCGACCCGAGAAACGACCGAGACGUCCGGCCGGAGACGUACCGGCUCCUCGCGUUGGGCUUCGGUGGCGCCCAGGUGCCGUCGCGCUUCUUCGAGACCUGCGACGCCCGGCGCGUCGCGGCCGCGGUCGUCUCCAAAGCGGAUCUUCGCGAGAUGGCCAUAGCGCUCAACCGCCUCGUCGUCAUCAACUUCGCCGGCGUCGACGAGCUGCGAGAAGCGUGCGUGCGCCGGGCCGGCUUCAUCCUCGCCGAGGCGCGCGCGAACCGCUCCGACGGCGUGGGCGUGCUCUGGGCGCUCGUCGUCGCGGCGCGCCCCGACGACGCGCGCGAGGGCUUUCGCGACCUCGUCCGCGACCUCUGGACCGGCCUGCUCGACGCGGGGGUCUCGCACGACGACGACCGCUCGCAGCUGGCGCAGGUCUGGCUGAGCCUGAGACACGAAACGGACUGGACCGCCGGCCUGCCGGAACCGCCGUCGACCUGGGCGGCGACGCUCACGGCCCAGGGCGUCAGAGUCUCUCGGGCUCAGGAGUCCGUGUCCCAGGUGCUCCGCGAGUGCGGCUUUGCGCACGAGAUGGAGGUCGACCUCGACGGCACGGGCCUGACGGCGGACGCGGCCGACGUCGACGCCCGCGUCGCCGUCGAGUACGACGGCCCGCAGCACUACCUCGCCGACCGGACGCAGACGGGACGGACGCGCUUCAAGCACCGCCUCGUGCGCGCCCUCGGCUGGCGGCUCGUCGUCGUGUCCCAUUACGGCUGGGAGCAGGCGUCGGACAAGCGCGCCUACGUCGAGGACCUACUCGCGCGCCCGUCGGGCGUCGGGGCCGCGGGAGGCGAGAGCCGGUCGACCAACAGCCGUCGCACGCAGCAUCGGGACCGACGACGCGCACCCGAGGAGCCGGCGACGGACGACGAGGGCAACCCGGAGGACGGGGCCUCGUCGAGCGCCGCGCGGCCGCAGCGGUCGCUCGCGGAGCUCCAGGCUUCCCUCCCGCCGGCCGGAGGCGGCCGGCCGCGGAGCUCCGCCAAGUCCGGCGGCGGCAAGGGCGGCGGCGGCGGCGGCGCAACAGCAGCGCGCGCGGCCGGGGGAGGCGACGAGGCCCUGCUUCGAAAGCGGCUCCAGGCGAAAGAGCGGACCAUCGAACAGCUCCAGGCGAGGCUCUGCGAUCCCGUGUCUUCCUCCCCGAACAUGGUCUUCUCGUCCUCAUCGACGAUGGUCUUGUUUGCACUCGUCGCCCGCGCGACCGUCGACGCCGCCUUCGAAGUGUACGAGAACGCCGACGUCGGCCACGGCCGGCUCGGGGCCCUGGCUCUCCUCGGGUCCAACGUCACGUCGCCGCGUGCGUGCCAGGCGCUCUGCGUCGGCGCCUGCCGGUCGUUCGUGUUCUACCAUUCGGACUACCGCGACGCGUCGCUCGCGGCGACGUGCCACGGCGACGCGAGCGGCGCCUGGCGGCCGUUCUACUCGGACCUGUCGGCGCCGCUCGCCUGGGGCCGCGUCACGUCGGGCCAGCGCGACCCGCGGACCGUGGUGACGCCGUGCGCCGACCGCGGCGACUGCUCCUACAACGGCGUCUGCUCCGACGCCGGGACGUGCGCGUGCUACCCGCAGUGGAUGGGCCUGCGGUGCGGCCAGCUCGCGCUCGCGCCGACGCGCCGCGACGCGGGCCUCCAGGCCGCGGACGCGGGCGGCCGCGUCUCUACCUGGGGCGGGUCGGUAGUUAGGGACCCGGCGACGGGCCUCUACCACAUGUGGGCCGCGGAGAUGACGCGCCAUUGCGGCAUCGUCGUCUGGAUGAGCAACUCGCGGGUCCGCCACGCGGUCUCCGCGACGCCCGAGGGGCCCUUCGAGCCCCGGGACGUCGCCUUCGGCGUCUGGGGCCACGAGCCCACGGUCGCGCGCGACCCGUCGACGGGCGAGUUCGUCCUCUUCUGGACGGCGUCCUUCGGCGCGGUGCCCUGCUCCGGGGCCGAGUGCGGCGACUGCGACGACGGCGACUCGGUCGGCGCGGCGAACGCGUCGCGCGCGGACUGCCUGCCGGACGCGAGCUGCACCUGGCCCGGCGGCGAGUUCCCGCUCGCGACGUACAUGAGCUUCGCGGCGGACCCGUCCGGCCCCUGGUCGGACCCCGUCGAGGUGCCCGCGCCGGGCGCGUGGGACACGAACCUCGCGCCCAUCAUCCGCAAAGACGGGUCGCUCGUCGGCCUCGGGCGGCCGCCCUACGUCUGGCGCGCGGCCGACUGGCGCAACGCGUCGACCUACGCGGUGUCGGCGGCGGACGCGACGAUCGCGGGCGAGGACCCCUACCUCUACGUGGACGCGCGCGACCCGGACGUGCUCCACGCGCUCAGCCACGCGGGAGGCUGGGAUUCGAGCGGCGGGCACGCGUGGAGCGUCGACGGCGGCGACACGUGGCGGCGCCACGACGACGUCGCGGCCUACGGCGCGUCGACCCGCGCCCCCCGCAGCCUCAUCCUCUACGACGACGGCUCGUCCGCGUCGCUCUCGCGCCGCGAGCGGCCCCACCUCGUCUUCGACGCCGCGGGCGCGCCCGUCGCCCUCGCGAACGGCGCGACGCGGGCCUGGCCCUGCACGCACCCGCUCCACUGCCCGCGGGACGCCUGCUUCACGGCGCUCCAGCGGCUCUCCUACGAGCGGCGCGCGGGCCUCUUGAUGGAGCCGCGUCCCCAAGUCGAGCGCCACUUCGUGAACCGUAGCCACCCCUACGUGGCCGACAACCAGCAGCGCAGCGGCUUCCAGUUCCCGCGCACGGACAGCCGCUUCCAGGACCGCGACGAGAUCACGCUGCGCAACGUCGACACGGGCCUCUACCUCGCCGUCGACGGCGACGGCGCGGCGACGACGACGGCCGACGCGGGCGCCGCCGCGGUCUUCGCCGUGGGGCGGCCCGCGUGGAACUCGACGGCGAUCACGCUCGCCGUCGGCGGCCGCUACCUCGCCGGCGACGACGAUAGCGACGCCGCGUUCCUCUCCGACGACGCCUUCGUCUGGGAGUACGUCGUCGACGACGGCUUCGAGUACCGGGGCAAGCAGGCCGCGCUCCGGGCCCCGGGCUUCACGAAGGACCUGCUCCGCGACAAGGCCGGCGCCGUCAUGUACGGCAACUCGCCGCCGGGCGACCAGACGACGUGGACCGUGACGAUCCACGCGGCCGUCGAGGAGUUCCGGCCCCUGCUCCGCGGCAUCAACAUCAACGGCCUCAUGAUGAUGCAGUACAAGGCGGGCUACAGCCUCUGGAAGGACGCGGACAGCGGCGACAACAUGUUCGGCAAGGCGAACGACGCGUGGGACCCCGAGGGCGCGGACCGCUGCGUCGGCGACGACUACUCGCUGAGCCUCGAGCUCGGCGCCGACGAGACGGAGUUCCGCCUCGGCGGCCACCUCGCGACCUACAUCACGGAGAAGGACAUCUCGUGGAUGGCGCACCACGGCGUCAACCACGUCCGCGUCCAGGUGACGUACUGGAUGGUCUUCCACGAGCUGCCCUACCGCACGGGCACCUUCGCCAAGCUCGAGCAGAUCUUCGAGUGGUGCGAAAAGUACAACGUCGCCGUCUUCCUCGCGUACUUCGCCGCCAAGGGCUGCCAGAACAUGGCCCAGUCCUGCGGGAGCUGCAUGAAGUACACCAACUGCGGCAUCGACGAGCCCGCGUGCAACACGUACCGCGACAGCGAAUACGUCGACAUCGCGCAGGACUGGGACCCGGCCUACGAGAUGGAGGCGGGCCGCGCGUUCCGGUCCGCGGACAACCAGGCGUUCAACGAGAGCUGGCCCGUCGAGAACUUCUACGAAAUAAACGUCGCCGUGCUCACGAACCUGACGACGCACUUCAAGGACUCGCCCGUCUACCUCGGCAUGAUCUUCACGAACGAGCCGUCGGGCACGUCGAAGAACGACCGGCUCUACGAGUUCUACGAGACGAUGCAGCGCGUCGUCCGCGAGGUCAACGGCCCGGACACGCUCGUGUCCUUCUUCGGCACGUCGAACCCCAUGGAGAACCUCGCGCAGGACACGUUCACGAACCCGUACCUGGACAAGCACCUCUUCUCCGACAGCGGCCACUACGAGUACCAGGUCUUCCCGGACAUGGAGCUGAACUACGAGCACGAGAUGGAGGUCGGCAACUUCAACGACACCGAGACGCGCCACUGGAAGUACCUCAUCCACGCGUGGUCGCUGACCUGGGGCGACGCGGGCGCGUUCAUCACCGACGACUUCAUGAAGUGCUUCGGGAGGCAGAAGCUCCAGAUUUAUGAGCGGUACACCAUGGGCACGGCCUACUGCAUCUGGGAGGUCGAGCGCGGCGUCCCGCGGGCCGCGACGACGUUCGAGAGCGUCGAGAGCGGCCCGAACUACAAGUGGGACUACAACGACGCGUGCGAGGCCGGCUUCCUGCCCGGCUGCCUCGACGAGUACGAGUGGAAGAGCGCGCGCUGGUGGGAGCACGACCCGUCCUACUACGACUACUACGACGCGUGGACCGAGGCCUGCAACCCGGCCCACACGUGCGCGGCCCUGGACCAGUACUACGUCUGCGGCGACGGCGACGAGUACGUCGACCUCGACCUCGACGCCUACGACGACAUCGACCUCUGCCACGAGGCCUGCGAGACCUACACGAACGACUACGCGGCGGAGCUCGACCGCACGGACUGGAACUCGCAGCUCACGGGCGCCGUCGGCUGCUGCGAGUUCAAGGACGGCACGCGCUGCCGCUACCACAAGCUCGUCGACGACGUCGAGUACCGCUCCUCCAAGCCGACGCGCUACGCGUCGAUCUGCGGCGCCCUGUGUGGAAACCAACCACUGGUUUGGGGGGUCCCCACCAAACUUCAGAACUCUCUAUCUCGGCCAAUUCGAAGUCGAUUCGGCUGA